AUGCUCCGAUUCAAGGCUCUUAGGGUGUACACACUACCGCCCAGAUCGUCCUAUAUUAUCAACAAAACAUAUCCAUUGGUGCUAUGGAAUAAUCUCAUUCCAUAUAAAUUCAAAUUCUUUACAGGAUUAGGAACAGUUGCCCUUAGUAUAAAGUCCCUUCAUCCAAACACGGUCAUUGCAUGUUUACCUCCAUUAACUAUAGGUUACUACUUUGGGUAUAAACGGUGGCGUCACUGGUUGUAUUUGAAUAAUUCCACAAGAGCAGAGCAAUCCGGGGUAGUUCGAUUUGAAAGAUAUGACGAAACAAAAGUCGAGAAUGUAUUGAGCGGGAUUGAAAACGAGUAUGAUUGUCUAACUCGACAGAUUGUUGAUGUUGUUGAACAGCGAGUUAUUGAACAUGUGGCCGAGACUAGUGAUGAUGUGAGUGAGUUGUUUGUACACGAUGAUCAGUUUUCAAUGCAUAUAUUCCCUACCGAAGUGGAAACUUGGAUUACGAGUGAGGUAGACGUGGAUGGGGAAUUAGUCAAAUUCAUCAAAAUGUCCAUGCCAUUUUAUUCUGUUAGAGAUGUUGAAACAAGAAAGAGACUUGGUGUAGUGACUGUGUAUUUAAGACAAGUUGCUAAAAGUGAACAUGAAGAUUUUCAUAUGCAUAUAGAAGUAAGUCCUUUGACUUGGUUUAAACCAAAAGUUUUGGUUAUAAAUGAUGUUCCUGAUGUGCUCAAUAGUAAGUUAUUUGAGGAGCGUAAUAAAUCUGUAUAG